UCGAGUUGCUGGAUGUAAAAAUAUGGCAAAGUUCUUUCAUAAACUGAAGAGGCAGAAAAGCAGAAACAGUGCAGAAUCUGAGAGUCCUCCAAUCACCAGCAGUAGUGUAGGUACCCAGAGUGAACCUCUGCCCGCUAGCUUUCAUCUGGAUGGCCUCCUCAACUCCAGUGCACCAGGCGAGGGCUUGAGGAGGCAGAGAUCAGUGGUUCAGGAAGAGGUGGAUGGAGCUAUGUUCUCAGUUGGUGCCUCUGUGGAAGGCGUAGGAGGGGAACAUGGACCACUGCAUCUGCCUCAUCCACUUAUACCUUCUCCUCCCUUUACUCUCAGUCGCUCCCCAACUCCAGAGAAUGUUCACUUCCAGAUGCUGCCACCCUCCUCCCGGCAGCUACAGAUCACUCCGAGCCACUCCACUCCCUCCCCAACCUUCCCUGCAGUCUUCAGUGGACAGAGACAUUCAGGGAACUUCACUCCAGUUUCCUGCGGACAGGGGAAUUCUCUAACUUUUUCUCCUGUCUCCAGU